GACCCCGCGCGGGCAGCGCGAUGAGGCGGGUCACCCUGUUCCUGAACGGCAGCCCCAAGAACGGCAAGGUGGUUGCCGUGUAUGGAACCUUAUCAGACUUGCUUUCUGUGGCUAGUAAUAAACUUGGAAUCAAAGCAACAAGUGUGUAUAAUGGAAAAGGUGGAUUGAUUGAUGAUAUUGCUUUGAUCAGAGAUGACGAUGUUCUCUUUGUAUGUGAAGGAGAACCAUUUAUUGAUCCUCAAACAGAUCUGAAGCUAUCUGAAGGGCCAACGGGAGCUCACACAGACUGGCUAACUCUAAACGUGGGAGGACGGUACUUUACAACCACACGGAGCACUUUAGUGAAUAAAGAACCUGACAGUAUGCUGGCCCACAUGUUUAAGGACAAAGGUGCCUGGGGAAAUAAGCAAGAUCACAGAGGAGCUUUCCUGAUUGACCGAAGUCCUGAGUAUUUUGAACCCAUUCUGAACUACCUACGUCAUGGACAGCUUAUUGUGAAUGAUGGCAUUAAUUUAUUAGGCGUGUUAGAAGAAGCCAGAUUUUUUGGUAUUGACUCGUUGAUUGAACAUCUUGAAGUGGCAAUAAAGAAUUCUCAACCACCAGAAGACCAUUCUCCAAUCUCUCGAAAGGAGUUUGUUCGGUUUCUACUAGCCACGCCAACCAAGUCAGAAUUGCGUUGCCAGGGUCUAAACUUCAGUGGUGCUGAUCUUUCUCGUUUGGACCUUCGAUACAUAAACUUCAAAAUGGCCAAUUUAAGUCGCUGCAACCUUGCACAUGCUAAUCUUUGCUGUGCAAAUCUUGAACGAGCUGAUCUCUCCGGAUCAGUGCUUGAUUGUGCAAACCUGCAGGGAGUGAAAAUGCUUUGUUCUAACGCAGAAGGGGCAUCUCUGAAGUUAUGUAACUUUGAGGAUCCUUCAGGCCUUAAAGCCAACUUGGAAGGUGCUAAUUUGAAAGGCGUGGAUAUGGAAGGAAGUCAAAUGACAGGGAUCAACCUUCGAGUUGCUACAUUAAAAAAUGCAAAAUUGAAGAACUGUAACCUUCGAGGAGCAACUCUAGCAGGGACGGAUUUAGAGAAUUGUGACCUUUCGGGCUGUGAUCUCCAAGAAGCCAACUUGAGAGGCUCCAAUGUCAAGGGCGCCAUCUUUGAAGAGAUGCUGACCCCAUUGCACAUGUCCCAGAGCGUCAGAUAAGAUGCCCCUUCGAGGGGCCAGAGGCUAGGUGACUUAUCCCAAAUAAGAGGAAAUGCGAAAUGUUUUCCUUGUGACACGUUUUUCUCCACCUACUCAGUAGUCUAGAAGAAAUAACAUUGUAAAAGAAUUACAAAGCAGUUAGACAAUAAUGUAUAUUCUCAGUAGUGCCUAAGGAAAAAAAAAUUCUGACUUUUUUUUCCUCAAGUUGUAAAGAGGAAGCAUUGACUUAAUAGCUGAAUGAAAAUUAGAUUAUAUUGCUGCCUUUCCAAUGGGCUGGGAGACUUUGCCUGGCCUUAUAGUCAGGAAUAGUAUAUAAUAGUAUAUUUGCUUUUAAAUAGGCAUGUUAAGGAAACACCAUCUUGGUUUGAAAUUCAUUGAGGGUUUUAAUUUAUGAAAAGCACAACAUAUGCAAUUAUUUAUUGAAUCUCUAGAUGCAAUAUAGAUAUUUAAACUGUUAAAAGUUUGUGCAAUUAGGGGGAAAAAGUUAUUGAGGUUACAGCUAGCUUUAGGGUUGCUACUGUUACUUUAAUUGCCUGUAUAAAUUAUCAGAAUAUAUGAAUGUGGUGGAGCAGAGCUCCCUAAGCCUCUCUUUUCAGGUACAUUUUCAUAAUGUUUAUUUUUUUCGAGCAACACAGCAGCUAAACUAAAGAAAUUCUCAGUUCUAACUGAGGCAGGGAGGGAGGGGGUGGUGGGGAGGAACUUCAUUAUAUAUCUUCGAAUUCAGGUGAUGGGAUGGAGUGGACAUCUUUUAAAACGUGCCAGAACUGAACUCCUAGUAAACUAGCUCAAGACGCAGAAGGAAGAACGUCUUCUCUCUUAGAGCAGGGGAUUAGCUGUAGCUCCGACUUAACCAUGUAUUCCUGGUUGAAAAGGAUUUUUGCUCCAAGCAGGUUCCCCUCAUCCCCAAAGCAGACAGUUAAUUGAUUUGCACAGGCCCAGUUAUCUCAUACUGUCAAGCACACAAAGAUGCUUGUAUAACCAAAAAAAAUCAAGGUGCAUCAAUAAUCGUCAUUAACUGCAGGUGCUGAUCAGUCUGGACAGUCACCACUUAGGAGUGUGGCGAAUCAGAUCCAAACCCGCUGCAAUGAGUGUUGGGAAAUAGGAAUGAAUAGGUGAGAAUUAUGUUCUUGGGAGUCAACACAGUGUGAUGGCAGUUCAGACUUUAUAACGGGGACUCAAGGAUUGAAACUGACACUCUGAUCACCUCCCCCCAAACUGGCAGCUGGCUGAUCCCAGAUGUGACGCCAGUCAGUCUGCACCUGUGGCUCUCCUUGGCAAAGAGCUGGCCCAUCCUGUUUGCAAAUGACUUCAUGUCCCAAUUUUAGCUCUCCCAAGACCGAGCAGAGGGCCCGUUCUCAAGGCUCGGAAGGAAAGACUCCUCUGGGCAGUAAGCUAUUUGACAUGUUUACCUCCUGUAGGAGGAAGGACUUGGGUUCAAUAUUUAUGUUGUCUAGUCUUUUCUACAUAUGCAAAGCUUUCCUUAACGAUAAAGAGUGUGUGCAUAAGGAGAGGAGAUCCGGACCUCUGUAGUUGAGGGAAAGCAACUUCAAAAAUGAAUUAUUUUCUUUGCUUUAUCAUUUUUUAUUAAGACAGAGAAGUAGAAUAUUGUAUUGAAAGAGAUCUAUUUUCAUAAUCAGUAUGUGUAUAAAUUAUAUUUAAAUAAUCCAUUUCACUGUUGUAUUAUAUUUUCAGUAAGUAUAGAAUGCAUCAUUCAUUCACUUAAAGGUACCUCUUUAGACGUGACUUAAAACUGCAGAAGACUGUAAACCUGGAAUAUUCAGGAACUGCAGAUUUCAAGUCUAAUGUAAAGUGUAUUAAUAAAAAAAAAAAAGCAAUCUGAAACAUUGCCAAGGA